UUCUCGCUCCUCUCCGUCGCCUUCACACACCCUUUUGCAACUCGGCCCCCCAUGCACAAGCCAAAGGUUUCACCGCCCCUGGCUUGAUCCAAAUACAAUGCAUCCUUAGAGAGAGAAAUUCGUUCCUGAUGGAGAGAGAAGAUUGGUUUAGAGAGAGAAAGUCAGUUUCCAUAGAGAAGCUUGACUGAUGUUUCUAGGAAGGCAUUUCAGCAAAGGAAAAAAGCUAUGAAGAUUUAUUUAUUUCUCUCGAUUAGAGAGAGAGUUUGGAUUUUGGGUUUGCAAAGAGUUGUGGCUUAGAGAUAGAGAAAGAGAGAGAGUGAGUUUGGAUAUUUUUUGCCAAGAGUUGUGGCUUAGAGAGAGAGAGAGAGUGGAUUCUAGGUUUCAACUCGCAAAAUAAUUGAGUGAAGAAGUUGACGACUGACUAUUCAUAGGAAACUUGUGUAGCAGGUUACUGGAUUUGUUCAAUAAAAGAAGAAGAUAGAUUUCUAUCUGAAAGCCUCAUUUGGAAUUUGGAGUUCUAGAGAGAGUUAAGAGGAGUGAGAAUUAUAUCUCAAGAGAUAAUUCUUGGAUUUAAGAGAGAGAGAGAGGCGCGAGGAGUAUCAUUCUCAUUGAUUUUAGAGAGGGAAAAGAAAAGAAGAAAUUCCACACAGAGAGGUGUUCUGCGUUAAUCUUCAUGGAGAAAGAGAGAAAGAGGUGCGUCUCUUUCUAGAGAGAGAAAGAGCUGCGUUGCUGGUUCUUCUGCAUUGAAAGAGACAGAGAGAAUUUUGUGUUUUGGGUUUUCUCUGUCCCAUAGAGAUUCACCUAGAGAGAGAAAGAGAGCAGGCAAACAAGUGAUGGCGCCAAACCAUUGAUGCACCUUCACCUUCAUCUUCUCCUUUCUCUACAAUGGCGGCCAAUCUCGACCUAACCUCUUCUCUCUUCUCCCACCACCACCACCACCACCACCACCACCACCUCCACUCUCCCCACCAAACCAGUAACCCUAACUCUAACCCUAAUCCUAAUUUUCCACCCCAUUCUGCUAACCAUAACCACUCCUCUUCUUCCACCACACCCCAGAAAGACCAAAACGCCCCCAGCCACAAUACCCAAGAUCCCAAAUCGCAGGCUGACAGCUUGAACCGAGCGGAAGCCUCGACCUCCACCGCCUUGGCUGUGCGCCGGCCACGCGGCCGACCGCCCGGCUCGAAAAACAAGCAGAAGCCGCCCAUAAUUAUAACGCGCGAUAACGCUCAGUCUCUACGAGCCCAUAUCCUCGAGGUCCAAGCCGGCUCCGACAUAGGCCGGGCGGUAGCCGCCUUUGCAAACCGGCUCCGGAUUGGCGUCUGCAUCCUGAGCGGCUCCGGCUCAAUCUCCAACGUCACCUUCCGUCAGCCCGCCGCCCCAUCCGCUGUAGUCUCGCUGAACGGACGGUUCGAGAUCCUCUCUCUGACAGGCACGUUCUUUCCUGAACCUGCUCCGGCCCGGGCCAGCUCGUCUCUGACCGUUUUCUUGGCCGGGAACCAGGGGCAGGUGGUCGGCGGCGCGGUGGUCGGCUCCUUGAUCGCUGCUGGGGCCGUUGUUUUGGUGACGGCGACAUUUGCCCACGUUAGUUAUGAGAGGCUGCCGCAUAGUGAGGAGGAGGAGGUAACGGGUGAGGAGAGCUCCGGCGUUAUUUCAGGAGGUGGAAAUAACGGUAUGGGCGAUGUAACGGGGAUGGGUUCGUUAUAUAAUUUGCCCCCGAAUUUGGUGAAUUCCCAGAUUAUUCCCGAGACCUUUGUCUGGCCUGGUGGUGCAAUACGGCCUCCGCCUCCUUAUUGAGUU